AUGAGUUCCUGCAACUUCACUCAUGCCACCUUUGUGCUUAUCGGUAUCCCAGGACUAGAGGAAGCCCAUUUCUGGUUCGGCUUUCCGCUGCUUUCAAUGUAUGUGGUGGCAGUGCUUGGAAACUGCGUCGUGGUCUUCAUCGUAAGGACAGAGCGCAGCCUGCAUGCUCCCAUGUACCUCUUUCUCUGCAUGCUGGCAGCCAUUGACCUGGCCUUGUCCACAUCCACCAUGCCCAAGAUCCUCGCUCUCUUCUGGUUUGACUCACGGGAGAUCACCUUUGAUGCCUGCCUUGCCCAGAUGUUCUUUAUUCAUGCCCUGUCAGCCAUUGAAUCCACCAUCCUGCUGGCUAUGGCCUUUGAUCGAUAUGUGGCCAUCUGCCACCCACUGCGUCAUGCUGCAGUGCUCAACAAUACAGUCACAGCUCAGAUUGGCAUGGUGGCCCUGGUCCGUGGAUCCCUCUUCUUUUUCCCGCUGCCUCUGCUCAUCAAACGGCUGGCCUUCUGCCACUCCAAUGUGCUCUCACACUCCUAUUGUGUGCACCAGGAUGUGAUGAAGUUGGCCUCUGCAGACACUUUGCCCAAUGUGGUCUAUGGUCUUACUGCCAUUCUGCUGGUCAUGGGUGUGGAUGUCACAUUCAUCUCCUUGUCCUAUUUUCUCAUUAUACGAACAGUUCUACAACUGCCUUCCAAGUCUGAGCGGGCCAAGGCCUUUGGGACCUGUGUGUCACACAUCGGUGUGGUCCUGGCUUUCUAUGUGCCACUCAUUGGUCUCUCGGUUGUUCAUCGCUUUGGAAAAAGCCUUGAUCCCAUUGUGCAUGUUCUCAUGGGGGAUGUCUACUUACUGCUGCCUCCUGUGAUCAAUCCUAUCAUCUAUGGUGCCAAGACCAAACAGAUCAGAACACGAGUGAUGGCUAUGUUCAAGAUCAGCUGUGACAAGGACCUUCAGUCUGUGGGACAGAGGUGA